UCAUUUAGCAGUGGACUCAUCACUGCGGAUUGUACCACCGGAAGUAAAGGGACGAAUUGAUUUUUCAGAUGAACGUUUCGGACUCUGAUCCCGGCUCUGGCCGUUUACCCUCUACAUAUAGAGUAUAAGCUGGGAUUUGUACGGAGAGACUUCAGAGCUGGGAGCUGGUGGUGAGGUGUGCAUUAGUCAGACCCUCCCUGGGACGAAGUGCCGCGGUCCCAGUCCACCAUGGCGACGCCGGUGCUGGUUCUGCUCUUCAGCGGGAAGCGAAAGUCGGGCAAGGAUUUCAUCACCGACUCUAUCCAGAGCAGGAGCUGCAGCUGGAUGGACUUUACACAGAGGUAGUUGCCUGAGACCCAGGACUCCAGCAUCUGGCAGGAAGAACACGCAACAGCCAUUUAAACAGCACUGACACAGUGAGAAAAAAAGGGAAACUUAACAGAAUCUUGCCCAGAGCCAACACCUCUCUGGUUGGGUGCUGAGAACUGUACCAUUCUGAGACUAUCAGCUCCCAUUAAGGAGCAGUAUGCCAAGGAGCAUGGAUUGGACCUCCUCCGGUUACUGGGCCCCAGUGAGUACAAGGAGCGGUAUCGAGCGGAGAUGAUCCGCUGGGGAGAGGAGCAGCGUGUUCGGGAUCCGGGGUACUUCUGUUGCCUAAUUGUAAGGGACGUGAAGUCGCCUGUCUGGAUCAUCAGUGAUGCCCGCCGUCACUCGGACCUGGAAUGGUUCCGGACGCACUACGGCAGUGCUGUGCAGGCCGUGCGAGUGGUGGCCUCACUAGAGACACGGCGACAGAGGGGCUGGACAUUCACCGCAGGUGUGGAUGACCAAGAAUCAGAGUGCGGACUGGACAAUGGGGUCCAUUGGGACUGGGUCCUGAACAAUGACGGGACGUCCCAGGAGCUGGAGACACAGCUGCAGCCUCUGCUGGAGUUUAUCCGAAACCGUUUGGCCCAGGCAGGUCACUGAGGGCAGGAGAUCAGGGCGUCCCAUCGCCGUUGUAACUGGCAUUGAUGGAGCUGCACUCAUAGUCACCUGUGCGGGGAGGGCCACUCUGUGAUAGGAGAGAGCCCCCAAAGCUGUGAAAUACGUGCCUGAAUCAGAUGAGAGAGAGAAUUGUGGUGGCCGGAGGGGGUUACAAGGACAGGGAGGAGUGUAGGGCUGGAGGGGGUCACAGAGAUGGGGA